AUGUGCUCCCUGCAUGGCCUCUGGGGCCACAUCUCCUCGGGCCCCUGGCGGCCACUCGGGGCGCUCCGAGCCCAGGGCGCGCGCGCGGCGCCGCUGCGGGACAGCACCCCGAGGCCAGGAGACGCCUCGGGGAGCCGACAGACUCGAGCAGCCCGAGGAAGGACAGCCUCGUGCGUGGAGCCGCCGAGUACGCCGCCCUGGACGCCCGCCAAGGAAGGCCUCCAGGGCCAGCUGCGCCUCCGCCAGCCCCUGCGCCCGCAGUGCGCCCCCGCAGCCGCGCGCGGCGUCGAGCUCGGCCAGGGCGGCCAGCGCGCGCCGGAGGCAUCGACGGGGACCUAA